AUGUCACAAUCUGGCAUUUUCACCAAAUCAAACCUGGUUUACAUACCGCUGUCAGUAACGAUCGCUCACACAUUACAUUUCAUAUUUAAUUCACCAUUAUCAACGUGGCAAGAAUUUCCUCCAAAUUUACCUAUCUCCGUAUAUUCUUCUGUAUUUUUCACUCCAUUCUUAUUGUUUUUAUCACUUACAUUUGAACCAAUUCACUCAAGGAGUCGAUUUUAUACGUUAUUAUCUCUCGCUCUAAUAUAUGUUUCAAUUCCAAUAAGUUUUCGCGGAAAAUAUCCACCUUUACCUCAUAACACUUUUGUAAAUUAUGGAGCAAUAUUUGGACUAAAAAUGUUAUUGUUCUUAAAAUCUAAUCGAGUAUACUUGAAUCAAGAAGAUUCGAAACAAGAGAAAGAAUUUAAAUCAUUCCUUUGGUCUUUAUUUAAUUUUCGCUUUAACUCUUACAUAAUUCCUCCAAAAAAGGAAAGUUCUAAUGAAAAAGGAAAUUCCUUGAUGAUCACAUCACCCACGACUUCACAAAUCAACAAAAAAUUAAUUAAUCGCACCAUUAUUACCUUGAUAAAAUGUCUUUUUAUUGAACUUGUAUCGUUCAUUUCCAUUAAAUAUACCAUGAUAAUUCCAGAGGAACCAUACCAACUUCGUUUAAUUGAAUUUUUUACAAAAGGGAUCCCUGCGAUUACAACGCCUUCGAUGUUACAACAAUUAAAUUUCUUCUUAUGUAUAUACCUAACGAUUUCAGUAUAUAAUUAUGAUAUAUAUACUAUUAUUAGCGCAAUAUUUUACCGUUUAUUCCUUCAUUCCUCAUCAGAGACAAAAAAUUUUAAGCCUAUUUUAAUUAAAUCCGGUCUUCUCACUCCUUCCGAAUAUAUCUCCUUAAAAGAAUGGAUGAUCACAUACCUUUUCAAUACAAAACAUUUGUUUAGCGAACCAUGGAUGGCAUCAAGCCCUCGUGAUUUUUGGUCCGCUCGUUGGCAAUUAUUGGUUAAUGAAAGUUUCAAAGAACUAGGUUAUUUACCUGUUAAGAAUGUAUUCACUACAAUUGUCCCUAAGAAAAUCGCAAAUAUUAUGGGGGUGUUUGGUGCGUUCGGUGUUAGUGCUUUAUUGCAUGAAUACCUUAUAAUUGGAGCGUUUGACAUUUGGACCGGUGAACACUUCUUUUUCUUUAUGAUUCACGGUGUUAUAUUCAUCCUGUGGGAGGCUGUUUUUGGUCGUGACAAUACGAAUGAGAAUUCAAAAAUUAAAAGGUUCUUAAAAUGGGUCUUAUUGCUGAUCGUUAAUUUGUCUGUUUUGCCAGCAUUCGUUGAACCUUUAAGAAGACGACCUGAAUUAGUAGAAAUACCUAUGUAUUUAGCUAAAUAUUAUCAAUCGAAUUAA